UAAAACUAGCCGCUUCGUUUCGCUGGCGCGGCAGCCAUUUAGAGCUGGUCGUCUCCUAUGUGUUGGUGGGCUGUUGCAAUUUCAUUCACGCGUUUUUUGAUGUGAUGCCACAGCCCAUCCCUCAUCAAAUGAUACUGUUUCAGAGUUCGGUUGAGCCGAUGCAGGUGGAUGCUCAGCCCGAAGACAAUGAAGCGACAGAAGAAGAGACUUACGUUGUCGAAAACCCGUCCCUGGACCUGGAGGCCUACUCCAACAGCUAUGGAGGGCUGGCACGACUGUACCGUCUCCUCUACAUCGCGGACCACUGCACCUCUCUUCGCGUGGAGGCGCUGCGAAUGGCCCUGACCCACGUGCAGACGACGUACAAUAUCACUAAGUACCAGGAGAUCCACAAGAAGCUGAUGGACGCGGCCGGGGCGUCGAACCUGCCGGACGUGACGGGGGCGGGGGGUGGGGCGGCCCUGCCCCCACUGGACAGCCAGUGGAUUGAGACCAAGAGCAAGAAGGCGGCCCUGAAGCUGGAGAAGCUGGACACGGACCUGAAGAACUACAAGAGCAACUCCAUCAAGGAGAGCAUCAGGCGGGGCCACGACGACCUGGGGGACCACUACCUGGACUGCGGGGACCUGAACAACGCCCUCAAGUGCUUCUCCCGGGCCAGGGACUACUGCACCAGCAGCCGUCAUGUUGUCAACAUGUGCCUCAACGUCAUCAAGGUGAGCGUCUACUUGCAGAACUGGUCGCACGUCCUCACCUACGUGAACAAGGCGGAGGCCACCCCGGAGUUUGUGGAUGGCCACGCCAAGGACACCCACCAGAGCAUUGUGACCAAGCUCCGGUGUGCCGCCGGCCUCGCCGAGCUGGCGACCAAGAAGUACAAGUCUGCCGCCAAGAACUUCCUCCAAGCCAGCUUCGACAACUGCGACUUCCCCGACAUGCUGUCGCCGAACAACGUGGCCAUGUACGGCGGAAUGUGCGCCCUGGCCUCCUUCGACCGCAACGAGCUCCUGCGCAACGUCAUCUCCAGCAGCUCGUUCAAGCUGUUCCUGGAGCUGGAGCCCCAGCUGAGGGACAUCAUCUUCAAGUUCUAUGAGUCCAAGUACGCCACCUGCCUCACCCUGCUUAACGAGAUCAAGGACAACCUGCUGCUAGACCUCUACCUGGCACCCCACGUGAGCACGCUCUACACCCAGAUCAGGAACAGGGCUCUGAUCCAGUAUUUCAGCCCGUACCUGUCGGCGGACAUGACCAAGAUGGCGUCCGCCUUCAACACCACGGUGGCGGCCCUGGAGGACGAGCUCAUGCAGCUCAUCCUGGACGGGCAGAUCCAGGCCAGGAUAGACUCCCACAACAAGAUCCUCUACGCCAAGGACAUUGACCAGAGAAGCACAACUUUCGAGCGAGCGCUCUCCAUGGGGAAGGACUACAAGCGGCGGACAGCUGCGCUGGUGCUGAGGUCCGCUAUGCUCAAGAACCAGAUCCAUGUGAAGAGCCUACCGAGGGACGGUUCCCAGGGAGCAGACAUCAGCAUGACCUCCUGCAACUGCACCACACCCCGUAACUAGAGCGCGGUCAACAGAGUGCAAGCUCCAAGGACUGCAGUCCGCUCGUUAGAAAGUUGAGCCUGCUCUGGCUGCACGUCGCGACUCUAAACCAACCCUUGCGUUGGAGGGCGGGGUCGACGGUGUUUGGUUUCUUUCGGAGGCUCCCAUUUUUAGUCUCGUCUAGAAACAAAGGCUCGCACGUUUUUUGUGUGUUUUUUUUUGUGCCGACGAGCUUGUUUGUGAGGUUGCUCUUUAUAUUUUAGCGUGUUUGUAUUGGAGUUUUCUGGAACGUGUUUUGGUGUUUGUCCAAAAAUCCGAGGAUUUGUGGGUGUGCGAUGGCUGGAUUCGUACGAAUUAAAAUCAAGCUCAUUAAUUGGUUGAGCAGUCAUUCUGGAUGGCAUUAACUUUUUUGGUAAUUUAUUUAUUUCUUCGAUUUAUUUUAAUGUGCUUGGGACGUGACCCCUAUCAUUGGAGUUUUUUGUAGUAACAAAUUUUUGGUUCUAAACUAUCCUCAGGUAUCCAAGGCCAUGCAGUUUAUUUUUUUUUUCCUGAAUUCAUCUAGGCGAAACAAGAACAUAUGUUUACUUAGAUCGAAGUGCAUGUGGCACAGUUUUUUUUAUUUUAAGAACCGGGGUUUUAUGUUAAAUGCUUUUCAAACAGAACUGGAUUUGUUUCUUUGUAUUUGCACUUCUGUGACUCAGUGAGUAGUCCAAGCUGAAACAAGAACAGGAAAAAAAAUACAAUAGAAUUGCCAUGACAACAGUUUGAUCCGUCUCAAAAAGAACUAUGUUUGCCGCUUGUUGAAGUUCAUAUACCUGCACUUUUAACAUUCUUGCUGAUUUUCUGGAAUAAAAGCCCGAAGCUUGUCUUUUCCGAGGCACGCCGGUUUGGGUUUAUCGAG